AGCGAAUUGAAUUGCUGAAAGAACCAGUCAUUGCAGAAGCAAUGGCGAGACGAUCGUACAAGACCGAGUUGGGAUGCAUAGCUUGCGACGAACUCGGCGAACUCGGAGCUGGUAAACCGGGUUGGCUCGUCGACAGCCCGAACCUCCUCUGCGCCAUCGACACCCACUCUCUUGUCCUCGCUAACCGCUCCACCAUCCUCGUCCUCUCCUGGUCCGAUUCCGACGGAUCCCGGGUCAAGAUCCGACCCGAUUUGUCCCCCAUCGAGGCCGAGUGCAUCUCCGCCGUUGAAUGGUUGGUCUUCGACGAUGUUCGCGUGAUCGUGGCCGGUACCUCCUGCGGGUACUUGCUUCUUUACUCCUUGCGCGGUGAACUGAUUCAUAGGCAGAUGAUUUAUCCUGGACGAGUUUUAAAAUUAAGAGUUCGUGGAACAAAGAAAGAUUUGAUUCAAGAUACUUCCUCAGAAGAGUUUUGUCUCGUUAUGCCAGGUGUAAUUGCCCGUUUUGAUGGCUCUGAUAUUCAGAAUAUGCUGCAGAAAUGGUUUGAAGAAGUGCAUGCUCAAUUUUGGAAUCAAAAGCCAAAGAGUCAAGAUUCAGAGGAUUUUGGAAAUUCUUAUGCAAAAUUACCUUAUCAGUUGUGGAAUAUUGGCAAAUAUGGUACUUGUGCUGAUGCAGCAAUCACUGGCAUAAUGCUCCCACCCCUUAUGGAACACCAGUCAAGUCAACGUUAUUAUUGUGCAGUGGCUGUUGGAGAGGAUGCUGUGAUUUCAGCAUACAGACUUUCUGAAGACAAAGGCAGAUCUUUAGUGGGAGCUAUCUUGUCUAAAGUUGUACCUGCAACAUUUUCCACAAUAGCUUCUUUUUCUAAAUUGAUUUGGCGGAGUGAAAAGACAUCUCUAAAUAAAUCUCCAAAGAAAUCAGAUGAGAAGCCUCAGCCAUUUGCUCGAGCUUCACCUCUGACAUGUUUAAAAGAUCACCCUAGGAAAGGUGAGAAGCUUACCUUAUCACCGAGUGGUACAUUGGCUGCUAUAACAGAUUCACUUGGUCGCAUAUUGCUACUUGAUACUCAAGCACUCGUGGUGGUGCGCUUAUGGAAGGGAUAUAGGGAUGCCAGCUGUCUAUUCAUGGAGAUGUUGGUGAAUAAAGAUAUUGCAUCAUCAAGCUCUACUCAUUAUGAACCAAUGAAGAGUGAUUACUGCCUGUGUUUGGCUAUUCAUGCGCCUAGAAAAGGAAUAAUUGAGAUCUGGCAAAUGAGAACUGGACCACGUCUUAGAACGAUUCCAUGUGCAAAAGGUAGCAAAAUGUUGCAACCCACCUAUAGGUUUGGUGCAUCAAUGUCUUCUCCGUAUGUCCCUCUGGAAGUUUUUUUGUUAAAUGGAGAUUCGGGUCAGAUAUCUGUUUUGAAUCGAACCUUGGAUUCUUGAUAGAUUUUGAAAUAUUUUAUGUCUUGCUAAGCCAAUAGUAGGUAUUUUUACCAAGUAUCUGCAAGAGGCUGAAUGUACAACUCGAACUUAUGACCUUAGUCUAAUGGUUUGCCUCAAGGGUUUCCUCAAAAAAAGUAUGUAAUUUUAAAUUUUUCUAUACAGUGAUGGUGAUUAUUGUUUCA